CCUACAGGUUGCUCUUAUUAACUGUCUAUGAAACAAAUACGGGCCUGUCGAAGAUGGGCCACACGAGUGGUUGCCCGGAUGUACGAUGUCAAAGCAUCCUGCCAGGGGACCCGGCAAUACCGCUUGACGUUAGUAAUGUCCGGUUCCGAUACUGUCAUGGAAUCCUACGGGGCUAUAAACCAUUUUUGUUCUCUUCUCCACCGCCAAUAUUGGCACCUGCUCUGUCUGCUUUCGAUUGUCCCUACCAACUUUCGCCCUUCAUCCGGAUCCUGCUAAUAUGGCCAUGGUCCACACUUUGGGCCUCCUCCACGACUACGAGAACUAUCGACAAUACAGCGUUCAAGAUUUCUUACGCUUCGCAAGGACAAGAACUCAAGUAGCCGGAAUAGUCGUUGCAUGUGACCUUUAUUAUAUCCCUUCUCGAUCGUCCUGGUACCAUGAAUUUCUUCUUGUCCAUGUCGAUAUGAGUGGAGAAAGGCUCAUGCUCAUCGUCGAACGUGUUCCUAGUAACCAUGGUAUGCAAGUAGUAUCUUCGAAUGGUGGAGUUGCCAGAGACACUAUCACAGUCCUGCGAGCGAGGCAGCGGCAUGUGUACUGGCAAAGCACCAGUGAAGCGCCCAUAUGCAAGGGUAUACUUCGAUGGCACCACCCUUCACCCCGCCUCUUGGACAUCGCCUUCUUUGCAAGCGCGGCAUCCACCACUUUCAAAUACUACAAUUUUUACACUUGCCAGUGUUAUUGGUACGCGAGGGUCACCCUGGCUGCGAUGGCGAGCGCGUUUCCGUCUUGUUCCAGGGAAGGCACUACGUCGUUCGCAAAGAAAAGGCUCGCGGUGUUUGGGUGCUACAAGCCAUCACAGGUUCAACUCAUUGUUGACCUUCAUAUUAAUUACUGCCAGGAUUUGCACCCAUCCCCGGUCGAGACCGAUCGACGCCCCUCUCGCCUUGUCAUACCCGAUAUUCUCUUCGGUUUGGCCACAUCCAUAUAUAGUCAUCUUUCUAAGAGGUGGAUGAUGACUUGAGACCGGCGACUUCUUGUUUUCGGUCCAUAUUUCUGCGACCCAUGUAUCUGUCUAGCACUACGAUCAUAUCAUAGAAGGUAUUUAUAGUCAUUGCUCCCCCCAGCUAGGACUGGGUAUGGUAGUUUGGUCGAUUUUGUUUCUGUAUAUCACAUAUUUAAGGCAUAUGUACUGUACUUAUGGCUGGAACAUCAUGUGACUAGUUAUCGGUGCCUUGUACUUUCUUGCACCGCGCCCAAACCGCGCCUUGUCAGCG